AUGAUGGGUUAUAAUACAUUAUGCUUCAUUACUCAAUUGCUUUCAGAUAUUGACUUCAUCAAGAAACUUCUACCAGCUGACUGCAACCCCAACUUCUUCGAAUACCUGGCUCAGAUGGAUUGCAGCAGUUUGAAGAUCAAAGCUAUCCCAGAAGGCUCUGCCGUGUUCCCGAAAACUCCCUUGAUAACUGUGGAAGGUCCUCUAGCCAUCUGUCAGCUACUGGAGACGACUUUUCUCAAUUUAAUCAACUUUGCAUCUCUGAUGGCCACCAAUGCCUCUCGGUUCAGACAGGCUGCUGGGGAUAAAGCGCAAAUGCUCGAAUUUGGGCUACGGCGAGCUCAAGGGCCUAAUGGUGGUCUUACCGCCAGCAAAUAUUCCUACAUUGGAGGUAUGGAUUUGAUGCAACCAGCAAUGUUCUUGCCGGAAAACUUUUUCGGGAUCCCUGUGAAGGGAACCCAGGCUCACAGUUUUGUGUGCUCGUUCUCAUCUGCUGAUGACUUGAAAGUUAGAUUACUUCGAGAUAGUCGCGGCUUGAUAGAAUAUGAUCUGUAUUCUCUUAGCGUGGAGAAACGGCGCUGGAUAAUGGAAAAGUUGGAAUGGGGUGUUGUCGAGUCCGAGGUCAGUAAUGGCGAGCUGGCUGCGUUCGUGGCUUAUGCGAUUGCAUUUCCAAGCGCAAACCUGUCACUUAUUGAUACUUACGACGUUCUCAGGAGUGGUGUUAUAAACUUCAUUGCUGUGGCGUUGGCUCUUUUCGAACUCGGAUACAAGACUCUUGCAUUCAGGGAUCCUGCCCUGGAUUGGGUCGAGAAUAUAACAAUAGUUGCUUCAAAUGACAUCAACGAGGAGACAAUAAUGUCUUUGAAUGAGCAGUCGCAUGAAAUCGAUGCGUUUGGUGUCGGAACUCAUCUUGUCACUUGCCAGAAGCAACCGGCACUUGGCUGUGUCUAUAAAUUGGUUGCGCUAUCGGGACAUCCGAAAAUUAAACUGAGUCAAGAGGUAUCGAAAAUCACGAUUCCUGGUCGAAAGAAGUGUUUUCGCCUAUUUGGGAAAACCGGUUAUGCUAUACUGGACCUGAUGAUGUUGGAAGAGGAGGAUAUCGAAAAAUCACGAUCCUGGUCGAAAGAAGGUUUCGCCUAUUUGGGAAAAACUGGUUAUGCUAUACAGAGCGACCUUGAUGAUGUUGGAAGAGGGAGGAGCGACGCUAAGGCCAACCAGCAGAAUCCUUUCGGCCAUCCUGUCCAGGAAUCGAAAAGAGCUCUAGUUGUGGCGAGUCGUAUCGAACCUUUACACGAAGUGUUCUGGUGUGAUGGCAAAAUAACAAAGGAGCUACCCGACCUGAAAACUAUCAAGGCUCGGGUGAAUUCCUCGUUGGACGCUCUACGGAAGGAUCAUCGGCGUUACCUUAAUCCGACUCCGUAUAAGGUGUCGGUAUCGGAGAAAUUGUACGAUUUUUUGCAUUCACUUUGGCUGCAGAAUGCACCUAUUGGACAGCUCGAAUAA